CAAACCCGUAUCGCUGUGUUUCAGUUUCAUUAUUCAAGCAGCAUAUAUAACUAGAGUAGAAGCUGUGGUGAAACAGCAAUUAUAUUGAUUUUUUUUUCUCUGUAAAGACGAUUUUUACAUAUAUGGGCUAUAAUAAUAAAAAUAAAUAAAAAAUUCUUUUAAAAAAUCAAAUAACAUUAUUUGAAACUUUAGAUAAAUGCUUUAUUUGCUAGUAUAUCUUAACGUCCGUUUUCUACGACAACGCUUAAAAAUUAUUCUAUGAUAUCUAUGAAAUUACGAUGGCGGAUGAUCCAGACAGAGACAUUUUUCCUAUCAAAGAAGUAAAAGGAGGUAUUGCAUCAUCUACAGAUCUCAAUCCAACUGAAAAACACUUUUCUCCUGAGAAACGAUUUGGACUUCAUCUUUCACGUGCUGAUUUAGAAGAUCAAUUUUAUAAAUUUAAAGAAGAAAAUUGGCAGUUGAAAAAAGCUGCUAAAAAACAAGAAGAUGAAUUAAAAAGGCUGGCAACCAAAAUGACUCGAUUAUUACGUGAGAAAAAAUCAUUGGAAUUAUCAUAUAGUCCAGGUCACAAAAGAGAUCUUGAAUUGGAAGAAAUGGUUGAAGAUCUUCAAGACAGAAUUCGCCAGCUUGAGAAAACUAACACUCAUUUGAGAGAAAAAGCCUUAGUGGCAAAACAGCAAGUCAUUAUGCAGGUUAGACGUCCUAAUCCAUACAGUCAUAUUCCUCCUAAAGUAAAUUCAGGUAAUUUUAAAUCAGGAAAUUCACCAUAUGUAUCAUCAAUUAAUUUAAGAGGAAAAAAUAUUCAGAAUCCCUCUAGGAAAACAGCUUCUUUGCCAAUCCCAUCUUAUGCUUUAGGCUUAUUAGAAGAAGCUAGAACUGAAUUAUCUAAUUUGAAAAUGCUGGUUUCUAAUCAAAGGAAUGAAAUUGAAAUGUAUCAGCAAGAAAAUGAAGUUAUUAAACAAAAUAUGAGAAUGAGAGAAAUUGAGUUUGAAGAAGAGCUAAAUAUUUUGAAAUCUCAAUUAACUCAAAAACAAAGGCAGCAUGUUCAAGAAAACUUGGAUUUAAUUCGUCUACACCGUGAAUUAAAACAAAAAAAUUCUAAGAUCAUAGCAUUGCAAGCACAAUAUAAUGACAUAGAGGAAAAAAUGAGAAUCCUUAAACUUAACCAUGAUCAUUUGGUUAAAGAUAUGGAUGAAUUGUCAUUACACUACAAAAAUGAACAAAAGAAAAAUUUUGAGCUUCUUGGGGAAUUGAAAAAGGCAGAAAUUACUUUUUCUGCAUCAUCAGAGCUUCAAGAUAGAAUAAAAUCCCUAUUGAAAGAAAAUGAUAUUUUAAGGGAAACAAAUGAAAAAUUGCUAACAAGUGCCUUUAAUGUAGAAAAAGAAAGAUCAUUUAAUCAACUUGAACAAGUUUUCAAGGAAAAAAUUUCUAGCUUGGAAUCUACUCUAGAAAUGCAAACAAAAAUGAAAAAUUCUUUAGAAGAAGAGUUGGCUAAGGAAAAAGGCAAUAUAAUAUCUAAAGAAGAAGCGUAUAAUGCUUUGAAGAUGCAGAUUAAUGAAAUGAAAACAUACAUUGAAGAAUUGGAAACUAAAGUUAAGCUUCUAAAAUCAGAAAAUGUAGAUUUUGAUGACUUACAUGAAGCAUUGAGACUUUUAAAAUUGCAAAAGGAAGGAAAAUUGGAAAAUAGAGAUAAAUCUUCUGAUACAUCACAUAAUGCUGAGUCUGAACCAUCUGGAAAAAAUGGAGAUUCAAAUAAUAUUGAAGAAAAUAAUAAAAUUUCUGCUGAAAUAGAAAAUGUUAUUGAAAGUAAAACUGCUGAAAUAGAAAGCUUGAAAUCAAGAUUGAAAGUGUGUGAAACAGAACACCUUGAAACUCUCCAUGAACUAGAUAAUGUGAGAGAAAUGUUAUCAACUCAGUGCAACAUCAGUAAAAUUGCACAAGAUGAGAUAAAAUUACUGGCUGGAAAACUUGAAGAACACCAAAAGGAAUAUCAGACUCAACUACAGGAAUAUUCGCAUUUAUUGGAUUUACGUGCAGCACGUAUUCAGAAGCUGGAAAAACAGUUAAAUGAUAUAGCAUUUGGAACAUCAACUUUUACUGCAACUGAGUCAAAUUCGAAAAAUGAAACUCCUAGUCCAGUGAAAUUAAGUAAAGGAGAAAAUAUUUUUGAAAUCCAUAUUGAGCAGAUUAAGUUUACCAAAGUGGGAUUUGAAAACCUCAGCAGCCCAAAUUCCAAAAUGUUUUUGACUUGGAACUUUUAUGAAUUUGAACUACAGUCUACUCCAGUUGUUCCUGCUGAAAGGCCCAUAUUCAAUUUUACUGCCCAGUAUACAGUAGAAGUAGAUGAUUAUUUUCUGUGUUAUUUACAUGAAAAUGUUGUGAUACUGGAACUUAAUGAGUCUCUUGGUGUUGAUUUUAAAAAUUUGGCAGCUUGUCAAUUAAGUUUCACAGAUAUCUUCACAAAGCCUAAGGGUCGAAUGCAUGCAACACAAAAAUUAAUAGGCACAGUUAAAGAGAAGAGUAUUGAAUUUGGGACCAUAGAUUAUUGGAUUCACUUGAAAAUUCCUAUGGAGGAUUCAUUUAAAUUUUUUAAGGAGAGAAUAAAGGCUCUAAAGUACAUUUAUACCAACAAAGGAGUAACCACAGCUGCUGCAAAUCUAUUAAAACAACCACAGGAAACAGGCCCACAUAUUAAUGAACUGCAUGUGAAAAUCCUUAGAGGCAUCAAUUUAAAAUCAAGGCAAAGAGAUAUGCAACCAACUACAUUUUGUGUAUACAAGUUUUAUGAUUUGCCUGAUCAAGAUACAAUCAUAGUGCCAGCUUCAAAUAACCCAGAAUUUUCAGCUCACCAUAUUUUCUCUCUUUUCAUUGAUCCUGCACUUGGAAAAUAUUUAAUGACAGAGAAUUUAUAUGUGUAUGUAUUUGAUGAUAAUGAUCCUGAUAUUUCUGCACAUAUUGGAAGAGCAUCCAUACCUCUUCAAGCUUUGGCUCAAAAUAAACCUAUAAAAGGAGUUUUUGAGUUAGAAAAGGAAGGUGUAUCUGGACAUGGUGCCAUUGAAGUUUUAAUUUAUUGGCAGUUUGAUUAUUCUCCAGCUUCUGAAUUUUUCAACACCAGUGGAAUGAAGGAAUCACUUUCGUACACACCACUGCAAGUUACAUCAUCAUCAAGUUCAGAUGAAGGAAUAACUGCCAUUCAUGAUCCUUCUAUGGAUGUUCCAUUAAUGACUCCACCUGUGCCAAAGCCUCGAAAAAGUAUUCCAUCUGUACAAUCUUCAUCAGACCCAGUAUUGAAAGAUUCGAAUAAGUCUAAUACCGACAGUAGUUCAAAUGCAUCACCUGCACAUAAAGAAGAAAGACAAUCAGCUGCUCCACAACCAGCAAGAAGAAUACUUCCACUCAGCGAUCAAAGGAAUGAAUCUUUACAUGGAAAAAGUCAAGAUCAAGAGGAUAAUUGGUCUGAUGUUAUGUCAGAUACAGAGAAGAAAGCUGUAUAUGAAGAAACAUCUGAUCAAGAAAAACAAGACUUAUCUUAUGAAGAUUCAGAUGAAUCUGAAAGUGAUGAUAAUUUUUCUAUGCAUAGUUCCAAAAAAGAGUAUGAUCAGGUUCCUACAAUUGUAAUACUUGUAUCUCAUCUACAACUGAAAGCUGAUGCUGCUGUAUUACAAGAUCCUUUGAUAAAACUUUUAUAUGUUGAAUACCGAUUUUUAGACUAUCCUUUAGAAGAAUUAGAAACACCCUUUUCAUUGCCUAAGAAGGGAGAGCCAGAGAAAAUAGUUUAUAAUUUUGAAAAAGUAUUACCUCUGAAGCUUAAGGACUUAGAAAGGUGGAAUUUGCUGUCUAAGAUGUUUACAUCUGAUUCUCCUGAUUCAAGCUUAAUAAGGUUUACAGUUGUCAGUGAGCCCACUCCUGAUGAGCAGAAUUUAGAUUGUGAAGAUGUUGGUUUUGGUUCAGUGGAUUUGCAUGAGAUUUUAAGUAACAACAAGGAUAUUAUCCAAAAAGAUAUUUUAAUUUAUGAUGCAAGAAACACAAACACUGUAAUUGGAUCAUUAAAUAUCAGCAUUAAAGCAUUAGACACACUUCUGCUUUUGCGUACAUUUGCCGAAUUUUAGACUCUAGUCAUUUUUAUUUAUUUUAUUCAUAUGUACGAUAUUAUCAUUAGAAGUCUGCAUAUUUAAUUUAUAUAUUUUUUCAUGAUGUUUAAACAUUUAUUUCAUAGAGUAAUUUUUCAUUCUUUAAUGAUUUUCUAGACAUAGAUACUAUAUGUAGAAAACUAGUUUAAUUUUUGCUACUGUUUGAUAGCUAAAACAAAAUAUUGUUACAAAUUUUGGUACUUCAUUUUUAAAUAUUUUUAUAAACAAAAAUCUUUUAUAUUGAUGUAGACUAUGGCUUUUGUAAUGUUCAUUUUUUGGUCCUUUUCUGCUGAGCAUAUUUUGGAAUUCCAUAUACAUACUUGAUAUGAUAAUUAGUUAAUACUAAAAAAGUUAAAUAAAAAGAAAUUACAUUGUUGCUUUAAUUUUAGUUUUAUUCCGAUGUUUUCAAUUUAUUUAAAAUUUUUUUUAAUUGGAAUAGAUUUAUAAAAAACCUGAUUAUUGUUGAAGAAUUUACUAAUAGUACAUUUACCUAAAUAAGUAUGUGGCCUUUUAAUUUGUAAACUUUCAAAUGGAUCUUAUGCGAUAGAAUUUCUUGAAAACAUCAAAAUGGCUACAUCAUUUAUUUGGAAUUUCCUCUUUAUAUAUUGUUUAUUAUUAGCUUUGAAUUGAUAUAUUUUGUCAAGCUUUUGCGUUAAAGACAAUCAUCAUAUCAUAAGAGGAUAUUUCAUUAUAUUUUUAAUUUUGAAAUAAUUAUACAUAUAUUAGUAAAAUUAAAUUUUUAUUAAAAAGUUUUCACACCUAAUGUAAAUAGAUCAACAUUAAAAUGGUUUGAAAUACAAUAAACUGUUAAUAUAAAAGAAACAUACUUUGAAAGUAUGUGAAUCAAAAACUUUUACCCAGAAAUAAUAUUUAUUAGUAAAAUUACUUCACUAAACCAGAUACUUCCUCUAUGAUGACCAGAAUAAUAUAUAGCAUGUCAUAAGCAGAUUGAAUCAAUGAAACAAUUUGUUUUAUAUAUUCUAUUAAAAAAAAAAUUUUUUUAUUUUGUUAAAAUUUUAUAUCUAGUCGUUUUUUUAUAUUUAUUAAUUUUGUUUAUCUAGUCUCAAAUUAAUUUAGAAAUAAGUUUAAAAUUAUGUGAUCAUUAUUCAUUUACAUAAUUAUUCUGAUAUAUAUUAUUCUUUUAUAAAAUAUCGUGAAGUAAAAAGGUAUUUAAAAAAUAAAAUUUUAUUUUUUUUAUAUUCUAAAAAUUUGCAUCAUGUUGUUUUAAUUUGAAGAGUGGCAUUUGCAGUUGAUGGAAAGUGUUCAAAGAAUAGUUAAAAUGCAAUUUGCCUUCAAGUUUGCAUUAUAAAUUACAAUCAUAAUGCAUCAUUUUAGUAAAUCCAGAUAAAUGCUUAUAUACUUUACAAUUUUGUCUCAGUGGAAAAUAUAUUUGCAUCAGUACAAAUUUUGUGUAUACAUAUUUUAGCUUUGAUUUUUUUUAAAUUCUUGUGCUUUCUUUUUAAUGUUUAUAGUUUAUUAUUAA